GUGAGUGCCAUAUCAAGUUGUGGGGAUUAUUUGGAUCUUGUUUGGCAUGUUAGGGAGUACGAUUGGGGUGCAGAGUCUGGUGUGCAGCCUCCGCACUUCUGGGAGAUCCGCCAUUACCUUGACCGCAUAUACAAUGAGAAGAAGGGUGUUUACGUAAUUGUCAACAAGCACAAGUUUCAUUGGGUUGGCGUGCUGACCCGCAUCGGCGUGUCGAUCACGGACCACCUGCACGUCCCCUGCAAGUCUGCCAAAGUUCACGGCCUGUCUUGUGAGUUGGCGUCAUACGAGUACGAGGCAUCGACAAUGUUGACGGUCAUCAUCCUUAUGCAUGCCAGGGCCCACCCUUACAAGAAGAUCAGUGCUAAGGCGACUGGUGUAAUGCACGCGUUCUUUCUAUCAGCUCUACCCGCAGACAGCUUGGGCGGCGUGUGCUACUUCGAGGUGCCACUCGAUAUCGUCGAGGCCUUCGCUGACACCGCCGAUGGCGACAAGGUCAUGGUUGAUCGCGCCAGGGGGGAGCUUCAGAAAAUCCACGGCAACAGUCGAGCAGAUCCUCAGUCUAAAGUGGCGGACCAAUUGAAUUUAUUGUACCAUAUGUCUGAGAACAAUGAGAUGAUAUUUCAGUUCUUCGAGCGCGUGGUCGUCGAUUGCGUUGUGGCAAUCGAUAAACACAGGGUCUGGGAAUCUACGUUCACCAACGACUAUCAGAAGGAUGGGAGAGACUUGACCCUGGCAGGUAAGUGCAAGCGCAGGAGGAUGGACCCAGGAUUGCAGAAAUCUUUGGCUCGUGUCUCGUCGCAGAGGCUAGCUAGCACGACGUCUGCGUUCAUCAGGGCGAACCCUGGCCUCUACGGCGCCAAUCACGGGCUACGCUUCAACGAUCAAUCUGUGAGGUCGAAGUUAUCUGCGUCAUGGUUGAGCUUCUCGGAGUCGCAGCACGUCAGCGUGGUGGCUGAUGGUAUCACGAGUGGGUCCCCAGCGACUGACAACCUUGUCAUUGCCGCGUACGACCCCGAGAAGAGGCCUGCAGCCCAGGUGCAUUACCAGGAGGUUGCAGUCCUCAAGAUGCAUGCUUUCUUUGACGCCGAGGCCAAGACCAAGUUGACCCAAGAGUUGCAGGAUCAUCCAGAGUUCAAGCAACAGCGAAUCGCCAACACCGAGUACGGGCUGGCCCUCGACAAGGCCAUGCAGGUCGGGAUCGGUUGCCCCACGUCGAGGUUCAUGGUCAAGCACCCCUUGCAGCCGCUGAAGCAGACCGAGCAGCGCUAUUUGGCCAUGGUCGACUCGCCGUUGGGCCGACAGCAGAGAAGCUGCAUCUUCGAUACGCUGACGAAGAAGGCGAGGCUCGAGCUGAUACACGACAUCUCCAACGGCAAGGUUGUCCAGCCCACGUUGUACAUGUGCAUGGACCGUUGCAGCGUGGGUCGAGGUAUGAUGGAUUUCUUUCAGGUCGGGACAUCUAUGAGAACAGUUUGCCAUUAUGACCCAUGGCAUAUCAUCGAAGGUUUCAUCAAAUCAGCGUAUGUUGCGUGCGGUCUACAUUCUCGCAAACUUCAAGCCAUGGUGUGCUACCGUGCAUUCAGUGGUCCUUUUCAUUCGUGUGCUUUCUGGAACGCGUUCAAGUCAUGCGCCACCCACUUCUUCAAGAUAUCCAAGAGCGACUGCCCUCUGUAUGAUAUUUGCUACCCGUUGAUCUGCGAGGACAGGGGUAUCUCAAUGGAGCAACAGAUUGACCCGAGUUUCCGAGAGAAGCUGUGGAAGUUGCUUCCAUCGUCUGCUUGCUUCCAUCGGAUGGGGUUCCAGCCAGUGUUAGGCCGGUGGGGGAACUUCGAGUCCAAGCACACUGCCUUCAAGCCUGACCGCUCGGUCAUACUCAUGAUACUGCUCCACAUGGGCAUUCAGAAAGGGUGGUGGAAGGACGUCCAGCACAGCCCCCUCUUCAAGGUCCUGACUGACGUCGGUGACGUAUGCGACGACGACGGCCUCCACGAUCUCGCUGGAGGUGGCGAUGAUGCAGAUGGUCCCCCAGAUCCGCCUGCCCCCGCAGGCGGCCUCGCGCUUGCAGCGAAGCCCAAGGUUAAAGAUUCGAACGCGGCACUCCAGCGGGUGCGGCAGUCUCGUGUCAAUACGCUGGACUUUGCAUGUUGGUACUUGGCCGACAUCGAGGGUUCGAGGGAGAUGGACGCUGCGACGAUUGCGGUGGGGCCUUUGACAGAGUUGUUUCACGUGCACCUUACCACGCACAAGACGCUCUGGGGUCACCAGGAGUUCUUCAACGGGCUCAGCGAAGGUCUGCUGAUCGAUACCAUCGUGAAGACAUGGGACUUGAUGCGGGACCCGAGCACCAUGCGGUCCCUUGGUCUUGCUACGUUCGACCGCAUGGGCUGGACAUCCCUAGAGUCCGACAAGAAGGUUGCCCAAGUUCUCUUCGAUUGCUGCGUCUCGGUCACUGCCAACCUAGGGGUGUACGAGUUCGAGUUCACGCACAGUCUGUACGGUUUCUGCCCGCGGCUCCUCCAGACUACGGACCAAGCGACGCUCAAAGAGACAGAGUUCAAGAGUGUCCCCGACGACGUCAAGGAGAAGAUCAAGUUGUGGCAGCAGUCGUUCCGAGUUUCACUUCCUUGCGAGAUGGGCGGGAACCACUUGAGGAUCAGAGAGCGCGCCCACCCCAGCAAGCGCAUGUCGAAGAUUGAGAAGUGGCACACCUUGCAGGAAUCACCUGUCCUGGCAGAUUUCGAAAGGUUCCCAGUGAAGGUUACUGCAGUUGCUGAUGCCAACAAGCCUGCGAAGAUCGCGGACUCCAGCUUCAGUGCGAAGGGAUGGGUGCAUUCGCUUGGUGCUGAGUUCGACCGCCUAGGUAAGGAGGCAGACUGGGUUGCAACAACGCACGAGAAUCGCAUGCGCUGCUUCAUGUCGUUUGCAGCUUUUGUAGCAGUGAAUGGUGACUGGGAGAAGCACUGCAAAUUGUG